AUGGCGGCAAUCCGCGCGGCGGUGUGCCACUGCAAAGCCGAGCUGGCAGCAAUGGUAGUGGUGGGCGAGGUGGUCGACGACAACAAGGGAUCCCGCAGCAAUCCGAUCCCAAUGACACCGUCUGGCACACGCACACGGCUACCGCAGGCGCUCUACGGGAACGAGAACUUCAACAGCCAUACGUACCAGGGCGAGAGCCUGCACUACGGCACGCCACGGACCCAGCUCAAAAACCUAGAUCCGAAUGUGUACGGCAACAGUAACAGUCAGCGCUAUGGUGGCAUGAGUGCCGGUAUGAAGGUCGGAAGGCCCCAGAAUCAAAUUUACCAUGGGGCGGUCGGUGGUGGAAGGCCGUCUGGUCUCAACAUGCGGUGA